AUGCGAAUUGAUGCUUUGGUUUUAUCGUCCAUUACUUCUCCAACUCCAGCAGUAAAGAUUGACAUAAACCAAUGGCCAUAUUUGAGAGACAUAGAUUUGCCGGACAACCGUUUCGGUACGGACGUGUGGGGGCGACUCAUUGAAGGUAAAGUCAUCGGUGGAGGACCAGACGAACCUUUUGCCCAGCGUACCCGCUUUGGAUGGGUGGUGUUUGGCCCAACAGCAGUGACCCUUCCUGCAAAGGAAUCAUUGCUCACCCUAACCACUUCGCUAGACAGGGAGGACCACCGGUUGGAGGAACUGGUGUCCAAAUUUUGGCAAAUGGAGGAAAUAGCAGUGGUUGACGAUCUGCCAGAGAAUAAAUGUGCGCAGAUCUUCGAGACCACUCAUAGCCGUACCUUAGACGGCCGUUAUAUCGUACACUUACCUUUGCGACGAAAAGCAACGGAACUAGGUGACUCUUACGCACUGGAAUUACGGCAAUUUCAUAGACUGGAGCGUCACAUGGUUGCGGAUCCAGUCCUUAGGGAAAACUACAUUUCAUUUAUGAGGGAGUAUGCAGCACUCGGACACAUGGAACUAGUACAACCAUCAUGCGGUCACAACGAAGUUUCGCGUGGUGUUCAACGCUUCGGCACCUACCAGCACUGGAAUCUCACUGAACGAUGUUCAACUGGUAGGUCCGACCCUACAGGAUUCGCUGAGUAG